AGGAGAUCUCUCAUAUAUCAUUCGAAAAUAUAACAUAAACAAACAGCGAAAUGCAGAUGAUAUGACAGCAACAGCCUUAAAAGUGGAAGAAUUGAACAGUCAAGAUGAAAACACUGUUUUCUUAUUCAAGCAGAUAGGAGAAAGUCACCCUCAGCCACAAAUUGAAGAUUUUGCUAUAGCUUUCAUGAACAAGACUAUGGAAAGAAGGCCGAGGGAAUUCCCAAAAAUUAUUUGUAUUGGUGGCAUUCAUGGAACCAACAUGAGGAAUUAUCAAUUGACUAUUGUUUUAGUGAAAUAUGAGAACAAUGUUGGGUUCCCUGUAUCCUUUUUGAUUUCUAAUCGUUUGGAUCACACGAUCCAAAUUUUUUUAGGUCAUUGAGGGAAAGACUUGGAGAAUAUAUUAUCGUCGCCUUGGACGUGAAUGAGUCUAAUCCACUAAAUAUAAAUUUCGAGUUAAACGCAUGAAUUUGUUUUUUUUUGGGUGAUUGGGAAAUAUAAUUUCAUUCAUGUAGGUCAA